UGUAGUUGUCUGAAGUCGUUUUGCAGAGGCUUAAAGCCGCAUGAUCAGCUCACUGAGCUAGAUAUCCUGCAAGCUUGAUGGGUUUUAAGUGUCCUACGUUACAUUUUAUGUAGAAUAGUGCGUGAUGAAAUGAAAGCAGUAAUGUUAGACCUACAUCCUAAUCUGACCCAGUGGUUAGAUUCUGAACCAGAGAAGGCACACAUCGACGCGGUCCCUGUACUGCCGCCUGACACCGAACCAACCCAUCCCAGAACCGGAGCAGCAGCAUCAGCAGCAGGAAUAGCCGCCGCCAGCGACUAUGUCGGAACCGACGGCAAAUCACUGUUUACCUUUAGACCCCAAACGAUUCGACUGAGCAAGGACCAUGAGUUCUUCGAAGAUGGAGAUGUACACCGUCACAUGUACUUGCAGGAUCUGGCUUCUUGUGUGGCCGAGGAUGCCCAGCCUGCAAAGGUGGGAGAGUUCUGUUGCCACAUCUCGGGCUGCAGCCAGCUGUUUGAGUCCCUGGAGGCGUACGAGCACCACUACAGCGCGCUGCACCGCCACGUCUGUGCCACAUGCAGGCGCUGUCUCCCCUCCACUCGCCUGCUGGACAUCCACAUCCUGGAGUGGCAUGACUCGCUCUUCCAGCUCAUGGCCCAGAACCAGAGCAUGUAUCAGUGCCUGGUGGAAGGAUGUGAGCUGAAGUUCAGCUCCAGUGUGCAGAGGAAGGACCACCUGAUCAAAACCCACAGCUACCCUGCAGACUUCCGAUUUGACAAGACCAAGAAGAGCAGAAGGCUGAAGGAGAAGGCCGCAGCGCAGCAGAGGGACUUGGUUAUGGAGGUGUGUGAGGAGGGGGGGGCUAGGACCCAGGGGGAGAUGGUGUCGGCAGAGACCUGUGAGUCCAUGGACUGCGGUCAGAUCCCAGGCCCUGGAUCUGAAGGAGGUCCGACUCGGGCCAGUACGGCAGAGCUGUCCCUCACAUCCGCGUCUCAGAAACCGCGCUACACGUCCAGAGUCCCGCAGUCCAUAUGCUUUGGCCAAGGCUCUGUCCGAGGAUUCAGAGGGAGGGGGCGCAAAAAGUCAAAGUGAAUAUGUGACAGCAGUACAGUACAGUACAGCAUUAAUGCUCUUCAGGUAAUAGAAUUAGAGAUGUGUUUUCUUAGAAUAUUAUUUCCAAAUAAACUACCUCAAUGAAAAUA